ACGCGUACAAGUCCACUGGGGCUGGUACAGAUUGGUUUGGCAGUACGCCAAUCACUCGCGUGUGGGGCACCUCACUGAAGCGUCAAGGGGACGGCGUGCGGAGCGGCUUCAUCACCGCAGCCAUCGAGGACAAGAAGGUGAUGCUCCUCACCACGCCUGUGUAUUCAGAGGAGAAAAAGGAAGACAACAAAAACGGAAAGGGCCGGCUGCAUCUUUGGGUGACAGACAAUGCCCGUGUGCAUGACGUUGGGCCGGUAUCCAGUGAAGAGCACGACGCUGCCGCCAGCUCCCUGCUGUACAGAAAGAAGAGUGAGAAGGAGGAGGAGUUGGUUUUGCUGUACGAGAAGAAGAAUGAUGGGGAUGACUCAUUCAGCCUUGUCUCUGUGCGCCUGACUGCGCAGUUGGAACGGAUAAAAGAAGUGGUGAAAACUUGGAAAGAAAUUGACGCCGCACUAGAAGGUUGCACUUCCACUGGGAUCGUCGACCCACUGAGAAGAAAGAAUGUGUGUAAUGGCCCUAUUCCCACGGAAGGGCUGGUUGGCUUUUUGUCCAACGCAUUAACGGAUGGAACUGAUGCUGGGAAAGUAUGGAAGGACGAGUACCUCGGCGUGAACGCAACGGUGAAGGGUGAGACAGUGACGAGCACGGAGUGGGGCUUGAGGUUCAAAGGCGCAGCAGCGGGGGCGGAGUGGCCGGUGGGCAGCAAGGGGCAGAACCAGCCGUACUACUUUGCGAACAACGAGUUCACUCUUGUGGCGACGGUGGCGAUCCACGCGGUGCCGGAGGAGGACACUCCUUUGAUGGGUGCGAGGAUGAAUGACACGGACGGUACUGCUCUCUUUGACUUGUCGUACACGAGGGAAAAGAAGUGGAAGUUUCAAAUUGCUAACACUAAAACCGGACAAGAUGCCGAUUAUUUUGAGUUGGAACUAAACAAAACAUAUCAGGUGCUGGUGGAAAUGAAUAUAAACGAGUGGUAUGUGUAUAUUAACGGGGCUAAUAUAUACGACAGCGAUGAUGAU